GCAACAUCCGGGAUUUUACCGAACCGUUACGCCAUAUUGGAUUAGGGCGGUCGUUGAUCGCUUACACAGAGAAGUGGUAGCGUUCAAACGAGCGCUUUUGGUACUUAAGUACCAUCUUUUAGCUUCUUUUCAACUUAAACACUACUAAUAAUCAAUUAUCAGAAUAAUUAGCUUCAAAGAACUAUCUUUUUUCUUCUUGUUUGGUGAUCAACAUGGCUUUCUAAAAAUGGUGUCUCAACGAUUUGCAAGAAAAGCAAUCUCUGCUAAGCAGACUGGAUUGAUAGUUUUCUCAAAAAGUGAAUUGUCUGUUGAUGUUAGAAGAAGGGAGUGGUACAAUGGAGAAAAAACUUCCAUCUCGCCAAUCACCAGUUCAGCAUAAGAACAAUGGUUCCAUAUGCGAAAAGAAAAGUGAUUUUGUUUCCAAUAAAAAUGGACGUCAGCGAAAACAAAGAGAGCUUACCAAUGCAUGUCGACCUCAAGAGCUGUCACAGGUGUCAAGAUCUUCACAGAAGACUAACAGAUACUUCAGUGACAAGAGGCCGAGACAAAGAGACUAUAUUAACGAUAGACAGAGUGAAGAGAUAGUAGAGGCUGGUGAAAUCUUUGAUGUCAGCAAUACAUCCUCCAGAAAGGGCAAUGCCAAUCAUCUGUUGAAAUUUUCCUACAUUUCUCAUUCUCAAAAUGGGAACUAUGGCGGCUGGCGAAGUGGCUCAGCAAGAUACAACAGUGGACGCGGUCAGGGAUAUUAUAGGCGAACUCCUGCAGCACGUUACAGCAAAGAGCAGUUUCUGCAGGCUAGCUGUCAGUUUGUGGUCCGAGAUGACAGUGAGUACACUGUGCAGGCCAUAGAUCCUGAUGCCCUGGUAGAUUGGGAUAAGGUGGAACUGGUCAGAACCUUCUCCACAGAGACAGUCACUUGUCCAAUUUGUUUACAGGCACCUUUUGCUGGUAAAAUCACCAAGUGUGGUCACACUUAUUGCUGGGCAUGUAUACUUCAUCAUUUAAGUGACACUGAUUCUGGAGGUCAUAACAAGUGUCCAGUCUGUCCUCACAACAUUUCAGCGAGUGAAUUAAAAAGUGUCCAAUGUAUUGAGGUGCCCGAAUAUAAAGUUGGGGAUGAGAUUGAGAUGAGGCUGAUGCAAAAAAGUAAAGGUAGUGUGUACACUUGUCCUAAAUCUGAAUGGAAGGACAGGUCUGGUCUACCUCACAAUAUUGAUGAUGGUGCUAUAACCAACUACAUGAAAAUACUGCUAGCAACCCAUGAUCAAGUUCACCAAGUCAUUACUAAAGAGAAGGAAUCUCUGUAUGCUCACUUACUGACUGCUGAAGAUUAUGAAAUCUGUUUUAUUGAAAUGGCCAAAACGAUGCUACAGGAAAGAGAAAAGAAAGUGGUAGCUUCUAGUGUCAAGACAGAAGUCCAAGUAGAGUCUGAGAUGACUAAUUCUACUGAAGAAGUUAUGCAGAGUCUCACUGAUAGGAAUCACUUGCCUGCCAGAACUGACACAUGCCCCAACAUUAAGUAUUUGGAUGCCUUUGAAAAUGAAGAACAGACUUCAUCUGAUAAUGUUAAUGUAGAGGCAUUCACUGCAACUGCAACUAAUAUGACUGAAGUACUUGAUAGCCCAGACUUGGAAGCUAAAUUGUUGCCACCAAGAGACAAUCAGGACGGCCUGGCUCUCUCCCCAGAGGAAGCAGCUGUUGAACUGGAGCUCCCUGAAGGCAAUAGUGAUUCAAUGAACAUGCGAAGUAGUUACAGUCACCACAGUAAAGAUACGUACUACUUCUAUCAAGCAUCCACCGGGCAGCAGAUCUAUUUGAAUUCCUUGAAUGCCCAGUGUCUAAUCAAAGAGUAUGGAUCACUAGAGAAUGGUCCAGAGGUAAUCAAAGCUACAAUAGUAGCUAUUGAGAGGAUCUUUAUGACCGAGGACAUCCGCAAGCGUCUUCGUUAUUUAAGUCAUAUUCCAUUGACUUGCGAGUUUCAUGUUGUGGAGUUGAAACUAAUGCCUCCAAUAUUAAGCAAAGAAACACUGAGACAUUUCCAUCCUGAAUUUGAAAAAAGACGCAGAGCCAGACAAAAGAAACAGAAAGAAGACAAGAUGAGAGCCAAGCAGCAAGACGUAGAACACAAGAAAACUUUUGGAAUAUAUCCAGAAGUUGAGAUUCCACUAGACAACUUAACACAAUUUCCAUCACACUUGACUGCAUCUGUCACAUCCAAUACCUCAAGUGAUGGAACAGAAGAGAACUUGACUCCAGCUCAAGCUAGUCAAGCUCCUCAGAGUCAUGUUGCAAGUAAUGUGUGGGGCAAUCGUUCUAGGACUGAUAGUGAAGGAAGUCAUUCCGGUGCAGGAGUCAUGACCUUUGCUACAAUGUUGAAGGAGGGCAAAUCCUUACCCCCCAGCAGUCCAUGGUCCCGUGGUAAGCCUACGGCUACUGCAGUACCAGCAUCCCCCAGCAGACGUGACCCAGUGUCUCCUGCUAGUGCUGAGGAUGAUGAGUGCGGUGAGUUUCUGCCAGCCCCUCCCAUCUCUUCCUCCUGGUUUGAUGACAUCAGUAAGGCCAUGGAUGCGGCCAGCCAACAAAGUUCAGCUGGUUUGGAUGCGUCUCCUAAGGCCAAUGGAAAAAAGAAGAAAAAGAAACAGUUGCUUUUCUCAACAUCCAUGGCUCGUAAAAAUUAGCAAUCUACAUGGUGUAUUAGCCAAGUCAAUAGACACUAGUUUUUAUUAGUCAGAAGUCUUUGAUAAAUGCUCUCUCUUUGUCUUGUUGUGAGCUGUUGCUUUAUGUUGUAAUGGAAAUAUCUAAGAGCUGAGUGUAGGCUUUGUUUGUGAUGUACAACUGGGCAGGUUUAAAGGGCAUUGUUGCUUACAUUUGGGCAUUUUUGUUCUCCAUGAUGCCACUGCUGAGCUUUGAUGUAUGAGUUAAACAUGAAUUACUUAAUAAAAGAAAAUCUGCAGUGCUAACAGGGAAAAAUAUUUCACUCUAUCUUAGGCCUUUCAAGAAAGUAAAUACACAAGUUUAAUAAAUAAGAUCCAGUUUUCAACAACAGGGUAACAUUUACAUGUUAGGUUUUUGCUUUUGUCUCUGUUAGUUGCUGGCGAUUUGUUUUCUGAUUCCAGUCCUUGCCUUAUUAAGUGAACCUAUACCAUCCAUCCAAUAUGGCAAUAGUCAUCAAAUUGGUUAAUUGGUCAGAAAACAUUGGGGACUUAAGAUGAAUAAAAACAUUUAUACAUUUUUUUUUAAUGAGCAUAAGAUUGUUACAGUGUGAAUAAACAAAAUUAAAUGAAUGAAUGAAUCUUUUGAGUUUGAUGAAAUUCUUUCUCAUGUCAAAUUUAUUGUUCUAUUAUUGAUGAGUUAAAACAAUUCUAAUAGGAAAAAAUAUGCAUUAUUUAUGUUGCCAAGGUAUAUUUUGAUUUGGCACUAGGCAUUAUAUAAACAAGUGUGCGUUAGUAUCUUGACUUGUGCAGUGUGAUAGCUGUACUAGGGUGUCUAUGUGAAGGAACUGGCUGCACUGUCCUAGUGUUUGCAGUGACAAUCCUUUGAAAUGAAAUGCAGAAGUCUCUGGAAAAGAUUUUUUAUUUUUUAUAUCCUUGUUGAGUUUUGUUCUGUCAUUCUGAAGGCAUUCAGUUUGUUGCGUUGGAAGAGUUCAGUAUUCGUCUACAAGUUUGCUUGUUCCAUUUAAUAUUAGUUUCUUUUUUCUAAGUUGAGCAUUACUUGACCAGUUUUGACAUGCAGAUAUAUUACUAUAGAGUUCGUUUCUAUUCUUAUUUGUACUUCUACCAUCCACCUUGAGUUGUAAUCAAUUGAUCAAUGUACUCUAGUAUUGUGUACAGUUGAUUGGUGUUGGCUUCAAUAAAACCUAUCAUUUGACUUCU